CAUAGACCAAUGAAAACGCAGGGCAGUGCCCGAGUCGGAGCAGGAAAUGGCCGAGUCGCCUAGCGCGGCGGGGGCGGGGCUUGCCCCGGCUCCUGCUUGACCCGCCCCCCGUAUUUCCCGGGUGGGAACCGGGUGUCGUCGGGGGCUCCCCGGCAGGUGCGGCGGAGGCGGGCAGGGGACCCGCACCCUAAGCAGGGAGGCAGCUCUUCCUGCCCUGACCACGGCCCCGCACCCAUGCCCUCCCAUCGGUGGCCUCCUUCUCCAGCUGUCCGCCCGUCGCCAUGCCGCCCCUGUCGUCCCUGCUGUCCCUGCGCUUGGGUCGGCUGUGGCCCCGCAGCCCUCCCUCCCGGCUCUUCGGAGCGGCCGCCGGGCAGCGGACCAGCCCCAGGAAUUACUAUGAGCUGUUGGGGGUGCAUCCCAGCGCCAGUGCCAAAGACUUGAAACGCGCCUUUUUCAUCAAAUCUAAAGAGCUGCACCCGGACAGAGAUCCCGGAAACCCCACACUGCACAGCCGCUUCGUGGAGCUGAGUGAAGCGUACCGCGUGCUGAGCCGAGAGCAGAGCCGCCGUGUCUACGACCAGCAGCUGCGCUCUGCCAGCCCCCCAAGGCCUCCAGGACCACCAGCCAGGGCUGGUCCUGCUUACCAAGCAUACAGGUACACAAGCCCAGCCCUUGCCUGCCUCCUCCUUCCUCCUCCCCAGGAGACUCACCCCCAUUACUGUCUCUUCCACAGCUCUUGGGAACCUCCCAAUGCCCGGUACUGGGCCCAGUUUCCUGGUGUGAGGCCACAGGGGCCUGGGGCGAGGCAGCAGCAGCGUAAACACAACCACCAGGUGCUGGGAUACUGCCUCCUGCUCAUGCUGGCAGGCAUGGGCCUGCACUACGUCGCCUUCAGGAAGUUGGAGCAGGUGCACCGCAGCUUCAUGGAUGAAAAGGACCGGAUCAUCACGGCCAUUUACAAUGAGACGCGGGCCAGGGCCAGGGCCAACAGAGCCAGGCUGCAGCAGGAGCGACUGCAGAGGCGGCAGUCAACAUCCCCUGGACCCUCCCGAGGCCCUGGGAUCGUGCCCGGCAGUCCUGGACCCUGAGGGCUCCCCUGGUGUGUUCACCAGACUCCAUCAUGCGUGCAAUAAAGUCAUUCUCUGAGCUUGA